UGUAGGGAUUUGAAUCGUUUGAUUGAUAGACAUAAUGUUUCCAGCAGGAAUGGUUUAAAUCAUCACUGGACCAUAAAAAUGAUGAGUAGGUAAGAUGUUAAAUCAAAAAAUAAAUGUCGGGUGAUCUUGAAGGCCUAAAGAGAAACAAAGCAAUAACAAGCUGAAUCCACUCCUUUAGUUAGUACUACUAACUCUUAGCUAUUAUUUCUUUCAACAAUGGUGAUCUUGAAGGCCUCCCAUAUUGUGAAACCAGCAGAACCGAUACCGGAAAAAGUCAUGUUCUUAUCGGAAUGUGAUCAAGCCAAUGCCUUAACACACGCGCCUUCCGUUUACUUCUACAAACCAACUACUCAUUCAGUGGAAGAAAUUGUUCAUAUUUUAAUGGAUUCACUAAGCAAGGCUCUGGUGAGAUUUUACCCUCUGGCCGGACGUUUACGUGAAACCAACGGUGGCGGCUCCGGCGGUGGUCGAGUUGAGCUUCAUUGUAAUAACUCCGUUGACGGUGGAGCUUUGUUUGUCGAAGCCGAGUCUGAUCUCACCAUCGAUGAUUUUGGAGACUUUUGUCCAACUCCGGAGCUCAGAUCAUUGAUCCCGUCCGUAGAUUUCGACGUUAUUCCGGUGGAUGAAGCGCCGUUGCUUAUUUUACAAGUUACCAAGUUGAAGUGCGGUGGGAUCAGCCUUGGAACCGGAAUAUCACACGUUGUGGGGGACGGUCAAAGUGCCGGUCAUUUUUUCACCGAGUGGGUCAAAAUCGCCCGCCGCGAAAAAUCCGAUGAUCAUCCGUUUCUUGAUCGGACGGUGUUACAAGAAUUCGAGAAAGAUCAUCGUCGAAUUUUGCCGUCGCCCGAUUUCUUUUGCCUUCCCGUUCUUUUAGGAAGUUCAGACAAUCUGGAAGAGCGUAAAAAAGUAACGGCGACAUUCAUGUUGAAGUUGAGCAAAGAACAGAUUCAAGCUCUCAAAAGCAAGGCCAACGAAAUUAACGGUCAGGAUUCACGGGUUAGCGGAUGCCGAUACAGGUACCCAUUUACCCGAAUCGAGGCAGUAUGCGCACACAUAUGGAAGUGUGUUUCAUUAGCCCGGGGGCUAAAAUCCGAGCAAGAAACAGUACUAUUUGUUUCUGUGGAUUUUCGCAACCGGGUCAAUCCGCCAUUGCCGAAAAGGUACUUUGGAAAUGCUGUUAUACCUUUACCAGUACUAUCUACUGUUGGAGAGCUUUUAUCAAAUCCAUUGAGUUAUAUUUCAAGAAAGAUUAGGACAGAAAUUGAGAAUGUGUGUGAUGAUACGGUUAGGGCAUACCUUAAUCGGAUAAAAAACAUCCCGGAUAUCUCAACAAUGCGAUAUUCCCACAUAGUUGGGAACACACAAGGAGCUUUUUUUGGGAAUCCUAAUUUGCUUAUCACAAGUUGGGUUGGAUUGCCUAUCUUUGGGGCUAAUUUUGGUUGGGGUAAUGAGAUUUUCUUGGGUCCUGGAGCUCUUGGUUAUGAUGGAAGGUUUGCGAUAAUUCCAAGUCAAAAUGGAGAUGAAUCUUUCCUUGUUCCACUGCGCCUACAAGUGGAGCAUGCAACUGCUUUUCACAAGUAUUUCAUUGAAGAAAUUUAGAUAUUGCAAUCUAGUACUUUGCCAGUCUCAUGAAUGGAAAUAAUGUAGGUUGUUGAAUUAAAUUAGUAUAAGAUUAUUUAUUUUUCAUUUUCAAGAUGAAUGAAGUUAGAAGUCAGAAAUACCUUUUUAGAAUGAACUUUUCAAGGUUAUUAAUUGGUUUGCCAUUUUACUAUUUCAAUGUACUUUUUAAUAUUCUUAACCUAGUUUUUACUUUUCCAGUGAUUUCUUUAUGUAUUCUUAUUACGCUAAAAUAAUACAAAGCAAAACAACGAAGGCUUUCUCUUGUGGAGCCUUUGGUUUCUCAUAUUUAAAAUAAAUUUUCUCUAUCG